AUGAAAGAAGUUGUAAACCAGAAUAUAUCCAAUAAUCUAACGGCUCCAUCUUUAUCUUUAAAGGGUUGGUAUUAUUUAUAUCAUUACGAUAAAGAAAUGGUUGAAGAAGAAUGGUAUGAAACUACUAGAAUGGUUCCGAAACAUACCGAAAAGGAAAACGUAGAAAAAGGUUAUUCGCGCACUAAUCCUUUUAUAAUAAAUUUUAUCAGACGAUCUAUUAAAGGAGGAAGAGUUUCGGCAAAUAGAAAAUCAUUUGAAACGAACAAAAUGGACGAAAUUUGUAACGUAUUAAAGGAAUAUACAGAACUUGAAAGUAAUAACAUAAUUGAUUUAUUCAAAGAAUACAGCGCAAGCACAAAAGACAAAACGGAGGUUCAUUCGAGACUUAAAAAAAUAAACUGUACUAAACUAAUGGCAUUUGAUGCUAACGGUUUAUACGCUUCCGCCAUGUCGGAUUUAGACAGUGAAUAUCCGAGAGCGGAAAGUGGAAGACCGUUUCUACCAGAAGAAGAAAAAGAAUUUGUAAAACUCUUCAAUGAACAGAAAUUCACACCUAGAACAGCUUUUUUAACAGUGUGGUUUGACUAUCCCAAAAACAUGUUCUUCCAACCGAUACCAGCUAAAGAUAAGAUAGCUUGCCAGGCAAGAGAUCUAAGAAAUAAAUAUAAACGAGAAGGUAAUAUCGUGGGUAGUAAUUGCAUGAAAUUAUUAGAUAAUUUCUUGUAUGGUAAAUCAAUUCAGAAAGAUAUAUUCACAACUAGACAUUUAUGGAAUGAAGCAACUUUACAGGCUAACUUUGAUUCACGUGUUAAAACCUAUGAGAAAAUUAACUAUACUCAAUAUAUUGUUGAAACAGAAAUUGAAGAAAAAGAGACCGAAGAUAGUACACGACUAACACCUAGUCAUUUGGGAUCAUUCAUUUUAUCUCACAGUAAAAAAAUAAUGAACAAUUUCAUUCACGUCAUAAAUGGAUUUUAUAAACCCGAAAUAUACUAUACCGACACCGAUAGUUUGUACAUUACAUCCAACAAUUGGAAAAAACUAAACAGAGCUGGUUUGGUCUCCGAAAAAGACUAUUGCAAAGGUAAAAACGAUUACGGUGACGGUGGAAUUAUAUUUGGUUUAUAUUUAGCACCAAAAGUCAAAUACAACAUCGUUUUGUCUUCCGAUGGUGCUUUAAAAGAAAAGAAAAUGUUUAAAGGUUAUUCUAAUGAUAAGAUAAGUGUAGAAGAAAAAAGUUUCACCAAUGGAGUAGUUAUUCCAAAUGAUAAACAAACUAAAGUUUUUAGAAGUUAUUUGAUUCAUGUUAAAAGAAAACCACCAAACAGUGAAGGAAUUAUGUAUCCUUACAACGACAAAGAAGAGUAUAGUUUUGAUGAAAACUAUGAAUUUGAUGAUUUCGAUUAUCUUACUAUUCAAGAAGAGAAUGAAGAUUGUUUUAAAUGA